UUUAAAAUUAUUUAAAGGCAUCCAUUCAUGGACCCAAUAAAUUUAGACCCGACCCAAUUCAAUCGAACCCGAUCCAGUAAAUUCAACCAGUUGACUCGACCCAAGCAACUAGCAUUUAUCCUUUGCUAUAAUAUAUGAUGAGCAUUAUCCCCUUAAAGAAGGGAGCAGCCGAGGAAGUGAUUCACAGCGACAGCGGUAGCAGAAUCUUGCAUACCGCACCGCCUACUUAUAACCCUCCACACUUUCCCACUCCCUUAAUUCACAUCCUCAUUAUAUACACCCACUAUUCUAUCAACUAAUAUUGCACAUUUAUUGUUUGAUCGUUCAUGGAUUCCAAAGGCUACACACAAGACGGCACAGUCGAUCUCCGCGGCCGCCCCGCCAUCGCCGACAAGACCGGCAAAUGGAAAGCUUGUGCUUUCCUCGUCGGUUACGAAGCGUUCGAACGAAUGGCGUUCUAUGGUAUUGCUUCAAAUUUGGUGGUAUACUUGACAACUCAACUCCAUGAAGACACGGUUUCAUCAGUUAGAAACGUGAACAACUGGUCCGGAGCUGUUUGGAUCACACCCAUUCUUGGUGCAUACAUCGCCGAUUCCUACUUGGGCCGCUUCUGGACUUUCACCAUCUCAUCUUUGAUUUAUGUCAUUGGGAUGGUCCUUCUAACAAUGGCGGUGUCGAUCAAGUUGUUGAAGCCUAGUUGCGAAAACGGAGUGUGCAGCAAGGCUACCACAACGCAGAUCGCAUUCUUCUACACAUCCCUCUACAUAAUAGGCAUAGGCGCCGGCGGCACAAAGCCUAACAUCUCCACAUUCGGCGCCGACCAAUUCGACGAUCUAAACCCCCAUGAGAAGAAGCUCAAGGCCUCCUUCUUCAACUGGUGGAUGUUCAGCGCCUUCACCGGCGCCUUGUUCGCGACGCUCGGCCUCGUCUACAUUCAAGAGAACUUGGGGUGGGGACUGGGAUAUGGAAUCCCCACCGUCGGCCUCAUCUUGUCCUUGAUAAUCUUUUACAUCGGAACCCCCUUGUACCGCCACAAGGUUAGGCGGACUAACAAACCUGCCGGAGACAUCCUACGAGUUGUCGUCACGGCCGUCGCCAACGCCAGGCUUGAGCGCCCCGCCCACCCUUCCGAGCUUCAUGAACUCGACCAGCACUACUACAUCACUACCAGAAAACGUCGAGUCCAUCACACUCCGGUCUUCAGAUUUUUAGACAUGGCUGCAAUCAAGAGCGAGAAGUCAAGAAGGCAAGCAUGCAGCGUGACUCAAGUGGAGGAGGCGAAGUUAGUGGUGGGCAUGUGCAUGAUAUGGGCAGUGACCCUAAUCCCGAGCACCAUAUGGGCCCAGAUCAACACCCUGUUCGUGAAGCAGGGCACCACCCUGGACCGGCACCUGGGCCCCACCUUCCAGAUCCCGGCGGCCUCCCUCGGCAGCUUCGUCACGCUCUCCAUGCUGGUCUCCGUCCCCAUGUACGACCGCUACUUCGUCCCCCUCAUGCACCGCCGCACGGGCAACCCCCGCGGCAUCACCCUCCUCCAGCGCCUGGGCAUCGGCUUCGUCAUCCAGAUCCUCGCCAUCGCCGUCGCCUACGCCGUCGAGGUCCGGCGCAUGAGGGUGGCCGCGGCCCACGGGAUCACCGGCCCCGACCAGGUGGUCCCCAUGAGCAUCUUCAGCCUGCUGCCGCAGUACGUGCUGCUGGGCAUCGCCGACGUCUUCAAUGCCAUCGGCCUGCUCGAGUUCUUCUACGACCAGUCGCCCGAGGACAUGCAGAGCCUCGGGACGACCUUCUUCACCAGCGGCAUCGGCGUCGGGAACUUCUUGAACAGCUUUCUGGUGACGGUGGUGGACAAGGUCACCGGGAGGGGCCGGGAGGGGAAGAGCUGGAUCGGGAAGAAUGUGAAUGACUCGCAUUUGGACUAUUACUAUGGCUUCCUUUUCUUGCUGUCGGCCCUCAAUUUGGUCGUCUUUCUCUUGGCCUCCAACAAGUAUGUGUAUAAAGUUGAGUCCGCCGAGAUCGAGGGGCGUGAACAAAUUGAGCCCAAAAACUUGGGAUUGCAAAUAUGACCUUACUACCUAGUUUUCGUUUCUCAAUAAAAAGGAAAAGUACCUAGUAGUUUUCAUCUCUUAAUUAUUGGAAAUUAGAGAUGCAAUUUCGAGUUUGGAGCUGUCCACUUUAUGUGAUGGAUUCAAUUUUACAACAAGUGCUUGUUGUGGUAUAUAUAUAGUAGUUCGAUGUGUUUUGAUAACAUAAUUAAGUGAUGUCUUUUGUUAGUA